UGUUACACCCGAAAUUAGAUAAAAAUGGUUGCAGUAGUCGGAAGCCGUUAGUAGUUUUCGUUUAGAUUUCACAGGAACAGCAUGGCGUUUGAAUACAUCGAAAUAACGGAUCCUCUGUUCGUGCAGAACUUAGGGAAAUGUGAAGAGGACGACUACCUCAUGGUACGAGCCAAGCGGUACAGUCAUGUGCCGAUCAAGAUUCCAAACUGGGUGCCCCAGGCUCACUGCUUUAGCAUAGACUUUAAGAAUCACGAGAAGGAGCUGCUCGAAGCGGAAGUGUAUCCAGAUGACGUGUGGGUCAUAUCCUAUCCGAAGAGUGGAACAACCUGGGUCCAGGAGAUGGUUUGGUGCAUCUGCAACGAUCUUAACUUUGAAGCAGCCCGAGCGAAAAAAAUUAGCGCUCGCUUCCCUUUUCUGGAAAUUGGUUUACAAUCUGCUGCUUUACACUUCUCGUUCAAGGAUGUGAAAGAUAUGCCCCGUCCUCGCUUCAUCAAAUCACACCUACCAGUGUCGAUGCUGCCGAAGCGCUACUGGGAAGUUAAACCCAAAACCAUACACAUCCGACGCAACCCAAAGUCGGUGGCCGUUUCGUACUUUUAUCACUCGCAGGGCAUCCAUUACCGUGGUUCGAUGGAUACCUUUCUGCGAUCGUUUGUUCGCGAGCAUCAGUUUUACUCACCGUACCAUGCGCACGUGAUCGAGUACCACGAGCUGCGAGAUUGUGACAACAUACUCCAUGUCUCAUUUGAAGAGAUGAAGCGCUAUCUGCCAGCGGUUGUGAGGAAGGUUUGUCAGUUUUUUGGGAAGUCUUAUAGCAAAGCGGAGCUGGAACUGCUGUAUCAGCAUCUUUCCUUCAAGUCGAUGCGUGACAAUCCAGCUGUCAAUUUUGAAAAUCCAAAAGGCCCAACCAAAGGGGAACCGUUUAUGCGGAAAGGUGAAGCGGACGGCUGGAAGAAGGAACUGACACCCGAGCAGAUCCAUAUGCUUGACGAGUGGACCAAGGAAAGAGUGCCAAAUCCUGUGCACAGGAAAUUGUUUGAAUAACUGCUUGCAUAAGGAGGAUCAAACUGAUAGGCAAUAAAAAUGAGAAAUAAAGCAAGGGCAAUCCUGUCAAUUCCUACAAAGCCGGGUCUGAUUUCUUUUCUAAUCAGAAUCGCCAACACAAUUAGAAUGUAUUGCCGAAGAAGGUUUUAUAAAGAUGUCAAGUAGAAUUUUGGGUUUUU